CCUCGGUCAUUUCCUGUUUGGACUCAUUUGUGUCCAGUACGCUGUUAAGUAAAGUUGUGCUAUAUCGUGAAAAUCAGUCAGCAACGCAGUUUUACUUCCUGUCUAUCAAGUUUUUUAUCAUAUACUACGUUAUAGCAAGAUAUUACAAACAUGUUUCUUCAAAUUCGUGGCGACCAAACGCAUGUCGUUGAAUGUGAAGAGAAUACCACUAUUCUGGAUAUCAAGGGAAAGCUUGAGAAGCUAGCAAAUAUUGAUGGAGAUGUAAAUCUUUAUUGUGGAGGUCGUCCCUUAGAAGACGAUACUAUUGUUAAGGAUCUUGAAUGUCAAACCCUAGAUUUAAUUGUCCCUCUUUGUGGAGGUAAAGUCCAUGGUUCCUUAGCACGUGCUGGAAAAGUAAAGGCCCAAACUCCUAAGGUUGAAAAGCAAGAAAAAAGUAAAAAGAAGACUGGUCGUGCAAAAAGACGUAUUCAGUACAAUCGCAGAUUCGUAAACGUUGUUCAAAGCUUUGGACGUCGGCGUGGACCUAAUGCUAAUUCUAAUUCUUAAAUAAUUUUAUCAUGCGUGUACCAAGAUAAUAAAAUUUUAUUAAACUAAAA